ACCUCCGUCUAAUCCCCGAAGUCCAAUCAGAGUUUAGUAGUAUCGCCUCCUCCUCCAUUUUUAGGGCUCAUUUCCCAAUUCUUUUCUUUUCUUUUUUUUUCUUCCUCUCGUCCUCCCUCGGCCCAAAAUUCCUCUCGUUCCGGACUUUUCCCCUUUUUAUCCAAUUCAAUUUAAUUUCACCUCUCUCCUCCGAUUCAAAUCCGGCCUUCAUUCAUUUCCCAUUCUCUCUCUUCUCUUCUUCCUUUCUCCCUCCCCACACUGUCCUCCCUCAGAGUCAGAGGUCAAAUAUUUGGCUGUUUUUUUCUCUUCUUUUCCCUCCUUUUGCUUUCCCUCCCCCCACCCCCCUCCUCUCCCCAUGCUUCUCGAUCUGUAGUUCAUUCUUCUCUCUCUCAAUUCUUCUCCUCAUCCUCACUCUCUAUUCCACUUCUGCUUCUUCUAACUUCUACUUUCAACUUGUGAGCUUUUUUCGCUAUGGACGGCGGUGCUCCGUACAAUCCACGUACCGUGGAAGAGGUGUUCAGGGAUUUCAAGGGCCGUAGAGCUGGUUUAAUCAAAGCUCUGACCACUGAUGUUGAAGAGUUCUACCAGCAAUGUGAUCCUGAGAAAGAAAAUCUUUGCCUUUAUGGAUUUCCGAGUGAGCAAUGGGAAGUCAAUUUACCUGCGGAAGAGGUGCCUCCAGAGCUCCCAGAACCUGCACUUGGCAUAAAUUUUGCUAGAGACGGGAUGCAAGAAAAGGACUGGCUAUCAUUGGUUGCGGUUCAUAGUGAUGUUUGGUUGCUCUCUGUGGCAUUUUAUUUUGGAGCUAGGUUUGGGUUUGAUAAGACAGAUAGGAAGCGUCUAUUUAAUAUGAUAAACGAUCUUCCAACAAUAUUUGAAGUAGUGACAGGGACAGCCAAAAAACAAGUUAAGGAUAAAUCAUCAGUUUCAAAUCAUAGCAGUAAUAAAUCUAAAUCAAAUUCAAAGCGGAGUUCCGAACCCCAAAUAAAAAAUACAAAAGCUGUUCAAUCGAAGGACGAGGAAGAGGAAGGCUUGGAAGAGGAAGACGAGGAAGAACACGGAGAAACACUUUGCGGAGCUUGUGGAGAGAAUUAUGCAUCAGACGAGUUCUGGAUUUGCUGUGACAUAUGUGAGAAAUGGUUUCAUGGGAAAUGUGUGAAGAUCACUCCGGCAAGAGCCGAGCACAUUAAGCAGUACAAAUGUCCUUCUUGCAGCAACAAGAGAAUCCGACCCUGAUGCGGUUUACAUAGAGCAAGUGUGGUAUUUACUAGUAACAAUUUCCGCUCCCUUCCCAAACCAAAGUUAAACAAAAAAAGGGGAUAAAAAAAAAAAAAGAAGAAAAGGAAUUCAAAGAUUGUUCCCCUUAGGAUCUCAGCGUAGACUAAUUGUGUAUUAGGGUUAGUUUAAACUUUAAAUUAGGACUAUGAUUAGGUUGGAAAUUUAUAUUCUAUGUCAUUUGUGGACAAACUCCUUUCUGUUUGUGUAUUUGUAUGAAAACUAUGUCUUUUGUAAUGUGUUAUAACGUGUUCUUGUUGAAAAGUUUAUAUUUGUCAGGAUAUCAUUAUUCUACGUGCUGCUCGGGUUACAGGUGCAACAACGGGAGGUUUGGUACGUUCGUGCGGGUUCAUUAUUCUUUGAAGGUCAGUUGCUCUCAUUUUAUCUCUCAUCUCAGUUAUAAUGACUGGAUAGACUAGUUUUCUGCUUUAGCGUCUAUAGACAUAUAAUUUGUUAUAGUCAUAAUAGAAAAACGAAAACUCUAACCACUCCCCAACAUUUUAAAUAUCCAAACGUGAGGAUUUGUUUCGAGCAUUCCUCAUUUUUCUCAUUGCAUUAAGCAUGGUUGUAACUAGGGAUGGUUAUUGGUUGGUCAGAGUUGAUUUUUCGACCAUACUACUUAGGUCGGUUUAGUAAAUGUUUGAAGUGAUAUUGACGAUUGAGGAAUAAAAGUCGGUUUGUCGAUUUAAUUCCUUGAAAUAUUGUUUGAAAAUUCCAAAUUUUGGAUUUUUUCAAACAAAUACCGACCGACUUCGAUAGCUAUCUUGGUUUUUCGGCCUACCAUUCUCAGUUUCUCACCCUUAGUUGUAACUUAAAAUCAUUUUACAGACUCACAAUACUUGAAAUCUUUGGAUGUUUCUAAUUAUAAAUAUUCAACAUCUUAAAAAUCGUUGCUUUGUUUUGUAAAUAUAUUUCAUAGAUAUUUAGGAAUAUUUCAAAAAUGUCUCAAAAUUUACGCAUCGUUCUUGACUAUUUGUUUAAUUUACACUGUUUAUUUAGUAUCCAAAUACCCAUAGAUUGAUCAGUAUGUCAAGUUGGGCCGAGGAAGAUAGCAACAGCCAAACAAAAAUUAAGGAAACUUUCUUCACACAUUUUUUCUCUCUUUAAAUUUCUGCCACUUCACGGAUUAUUAUUAUUGUCUUCAUGUCACCUAAUUAAGUUCAUCAUUGAAGAGAAUUAAAAUUCACCAAUACCUCAUUAUUGAAUCGAAAAAUCAUAGAUAUUUGUUGGAGAAUCCAAAUUUGCAAGGUACAAAUCGUUUAGAUGGGUACUAUCAUUGCACUCCAUUGAAAAAGAAAGCUACUAAUUAUUAAAUUCUUCAACCUCAAUUUUACAUGAAUAUCGUUUAAUCAAGAAUAGGUGAAGCCUAUUUGGUUUGAAUUAGACUAUUUAAAACCUUAAGAUGAAAAACAAGAAGGAAAGUGCAACCACAAUGGAGUAGAGUAAGUUCAUUGUUAUGAUUUUGUGAUUUAUCUCGCAUUAUUAUCCGUUUGUUAGUGAAUAUAAAUUCUUCGUUUACAAGCUCCACGUCAUCGAAAAAUUGUUGCAUCUAGUGGUUAUAUUCGGUAAUGAUUCAAAUUGAGUAAGAAGAUAUGAAUAAAUUGAGAUUAUAUCAAAGAUCUAAGCACAUGAAAAAUAUUUUUUACGAAAAACCUUAAAAGAAUUGAAAGCUAUGUUAUAUAUCAAUAAGGUGCAUUUUUUCUGACCAAUCAUAAAAACUUUAAAGUUAAGUACAUUGGAAGGAUUUAUAUUGGCUUGUAGAAACAAUUUUACUUUUAAAUUCUUAAAUUCAAACCUUGAGGGAUUAUAAAUUCAUAGUUUCGUCUAAUUUUUUCUAAUCUCUAAUUUUAAGAGGUAAUAUAUGCCAAUUACAAAUUACUAGAAAGUCUUAAAAAUUACUUUCUAAAGUGUAUAAACGUGUUUAUAUAUGUUUGUCGGAAGGAUUUUUUUUUUUGGUAUACAUUUAAUAAUAAAAUCAAUGGAAUUAACAAGAAUAUAAAAAGGCAACAAAACCCAUAAAAUCCUAAUUCAAUAAAAUGAAAACUCAACCAAAAUAAUACAAAAUCAACAAAAUAAUUAACAACUGAAGAGAUAUUUUUUCUGCCUUUUAAAAUCCUUCCACAUCUUUCCUUGACCGGUGAAUCCUUAGCAUCCACAAAUGUCCUUCACAACAUCUAUUAAUUUAAUGUGUCUUGUUGUAGCCCAUUGUCAAAGUUUAAAGGACAUUACAAUUGAUCUUUCACAAAAAAAAGAAAAAAGAAAAAAGAAAAAAAAAAAAAAAAGAGAAAAGAAAAAUCAUCAGAUUGAUCAGCCAUGGCAAGUAGGGUUGAAGAAGAUGAAGAAACUACCAUAGCAGCUGAAAAUCAAACCUCAUCAGAGAAAUCAUGGCAGAAGACAGAUAUAGAGCUUCUGAUGGUAAUCAUAACAUUCAUCGGAACCAUUUCUUUCCAAGCCGGAACAAACCCUCCCGGUGGCGUUUGGCAAGACGGGUCUGUAUACUUGAAACGACCAUAGUUAACAUAUCAUUUUUGACUCCCUAUAUUCAUUAUCCUUAAAGUUUUGUUUAAUUUUAGUUCUUCAUGUUUUCAAUAAAUCUUACCUUUACUAUUUGGAAGCCUUUUUUUAUUGAAGUUGGUUGGAUCACAAAAUUCUUUUUAUAUUCAAAAUGAGAUUCUCAAAAUUUAUAAACAAAAAAUCAAGACAUUUCUUUUAAAACGAUAAUAAGCGACUUAACAUCAACGGCUAUAUGAACUAUUUUAAAUAUUUAUUGAAAUGAAUGGUUUCGACCUGGAUGUCUAAGAAUAUACUAACAAAAAAAAAAUUGUUUUCAAAAUAUAUAGUAAGUCGAACUCAAAUAUUUACAAAUAUCACGAAAUAUUUUCGCCUAUUUAAGAUAAACUAUAGUAACUAUUCCGAUCAAGAUAUUUUUAACAAUUUAAUUAAUAAAAAAAUAAUUUUUAAAAACUAGGACGUUUUAGCACUUAAUUAUUAAAUUUUAAAAACGUUUCCAACAUUCAAUUUCUCUAACUUCAAAAGGUUACAAAAGCCUUUUCGAUAAUUAAUCAUUUGAUUUUUUAAAAUUAGUUUCAAGAAUAAUUAUAAAUUUAAUUUUUGAAAUAUUUAGAUUUGGGUCUAUUUUAAUUCUUCGUAAACAAAUUAGAUUUUGUUUCCUAAACUUAAAAAAUUGUUUGAUAGGUACUUAUUAACUUCUCAACCAUGUGUCUAAUAUGAUAGGUUCUUAUAAUUUCAAUUUUGUGUAAAAUUUACGACUGUGAUCUACUUUUCAUUUUUUAAAAUAUACAGAUCUAUCUGAAGUUAGAUCGAUCUUUUAACUUAUUAGAUAUAGAAUUCAAUUUUAUAUGUUUUUGAAGUUUGACUAAAAGUUUCAAUAGAAAAAAAAAAAAGAAAAGAAAAAAGUGUAUGAUUACUCUCUAAACUCUUGACAGCUCAAACCUUAAUUAGAUCCACACCACACAUAUUUCUUUUACUAAUUCAAUAAUAUAAGAGAUUUGAAAACAAUUUAUAGCUAAGCAAUAAUCAAGCUUUUGACCACAAAUCAUCUAAUUAUACCUAUUAAAAUCAAUUAAGUAAAUAUGUGAUCAUAUCAUAUUAACACGUAACAUUGUCUAUCAAUGAUAAAUUUCUACUAUGGACACAUUUUUAUGGUCUAUUUGCAAAUAUGGUUUAUAAAUUUCUUUUUUGUUAUAUUUAUAAUUUUUUAAAAUGUAGCUAUAUAAUAUAGGAAAAUUGUAAAGAAUAUUUCUUUUACCUAUAACAAUAUUUACCCUUAAUAAAAUAACGUAUAAUAGAUUUCGUUUUUAGUGAUUUUGUUUAUGUAGAAUGUAAAUAGUAGAUUUUUUGUAUUUUAUGGAAAAGUCCUAUACAUAUAUACUAAUACUUUGGAUUUAAAUGCAUUGUUUAGUUAAUAAACUAAUCUUGAAUAAUUAAAAUUUAAAAUUUCACCCCAAAUCUAUAAUGGAAGUAUCUAAUCAACUAUUUUCCAAAACUAAAUAAUUAUAUAAGGUUUUGAGGGAAUUGUAUGAAUGUUUGGGGUUGAAGGUCUGAAGCAGGAAAAUCGAUAAUGGCCUCGAAAAACCCAUCUCAGUUUUUGGUUUUCAUCGUGGGUGUAUCAACAGCGAUGGUAUUAUCAGCAGCGCAACUUAUGACCCUGAUGAAUGAGUUGCCUUACAACAAACUCUCCGAUUCCAGAAACUUUAUCUACUGUUCUUUGGGCUUUAUAAUCACCGCAUUGGGUUUCGCUUAUGGGUCGUCGGUAACUGCUUUGACGCCGUCGUCCAUGAUAGACGAGGUCAAAACUGCGCUCCUCACUGUUCUUGCCGUUGGUGCUGUCGUAAUCGCCAUUGUAAUCUACAUACAGAAGAAAGACGUCUGCUCGAAGCUCAAAUAAUAUUGCAAUAAUUAGGAAACCGUUGAAUUUAUCAAAUUCAAUUUACGUAUUUUAAGGUUUUUCUUUUA